AUGACGGUUUCAGAAAAACGUCUAGAAUGGAAAGUAGGUCUACAGAAUCCGACGGAGAAGUUUCUGACCGCUGAGCCCUACGGGAAUCAGGUCAAUGUAUCUGGGACAUCAUUGAAAGGAAAACAGAUAUGGGUUCUCGAGCUGAACAAGGACGAAACUGUGUACAUUCGGAGUCACCUCCGACGUUACCUAGAAGCAGAUAAGUUCGGAAAUGUGGCCUGCUCGAGUGAAAGUCAUGGAGAGGAUGGGAAAUUUCAGAUAGAGUACGCCACCGACGGAACUGGAAGGUGGAGCUUUAAACACACAAAAUAUGGUUACUACCUGGGUGGGACAGAACAGGACAUCCAUUGCUUAGCAAAGGGAGCCUCUGACGAGGAACUCUCACUCUGGUACGUCCCAAUGGCAAUGCAUCCGCAAAUAACCUUCUUUAACAUAAACCGGAAGCGAUACGUGAAACUUGAAAAUGAUGAAUUACAGUGUACUCAGCUGACGCCUUGGGGACCGGAAGCUCUCAUAACCCUUGAAUUCAAAUGCGGAAAAUAUGCAUUUAAAACAGCUGACUCCCGUUAUCUCACCCAUACGGGCCAUUUGACGGAUGAACAUGGCAAGAAUACGAAAUUCUCUCUAGAGUUAAAGCUCAGCAGUGACUCGGAUUUGGCAGGACUUGCAUUUAAAGAUUGCGAGGGGAAAUAUUUGACAGCGUAUGCAGGUUCGGGUGUCCUUAAAACCAGAAAUAAGACUGUCAGUCGAGACGAGUUGUUUUUCCUCGUUGAAAGCCACCUUCAAGUUAUUUUUGUAUCUAGCAACGGCAAGCAAGCGUCUAUCCGACAAGGAUUAGAGGUGUUGUCUUCCCAGACGGAGACUGGCGACAAGGAGAUAUUCCAGAUCGAGUACAUGAAGAAAACUAAGAAAUGGUUGGUAUACACCGCUAAUGGCAAAUACUGGCGGCUAGAUGACAAUGAAUCUAUCAUUGCUGAUGCCAAAUCUGCUAACGAGAAUUGUCAGUUCGACAUCGUUUGGCAGAAGGAUGGAACUGCCGUGAUCAAGGCCAGUAAUCAGAAAUAUUUACGUCACCGAGGGACGGGAGCUCUCAUCGCCGCCAGUGAAGUCACAGGAGAAAAGGAAAUGUUCAUGAUCAGGGUUGUAAACCGACCAAUUCUAGUGUUGAAAGGAGAAAGUGGCUACCUGUCCAUGAUCACUUCCGGUUCUAGGAAAGCAAAGUACGAUUGCAACAAGUCAACUUACGACGUGUUGCAGCUUGAGCAAGGGCCGGGCGGAGGGUACUUCGUGAAGGGCGAGAACGGCAAAUACUGGUCGAUUGGUCCCGAUAACUCGAUCCAGGCGGAUGGGACCACACCAACUCCCUUUACGUUUGAAUUUAAUGGUAAUUCUGAGCUAAUGAUACGAGCUCCAAACGGCAUGUAUCUGAAGGGAGAGAAGAGUGGGGGAUUUGCCGCUAAUUCCCCAGAACCGACGAAAAGCUGCGUUCUAAGAUUUUAA